CUAAGUAUUUCCUCUCCCCAAAUGCCAGACGUUGCCCCUCCCCACCAGCACAGCGCAUCUGUCUGCCCUUCCUGGAAGAUGACUCCCGCCUUCCAGCUCCUGGUUCUCCACUCCCGGUGUAAGAAAUCAGUCCAGGCCCCCAGCUGUGUUACAUGCUUCGGGUGCGAGCUGUGGUGAUGACCCGAGACGACUCGAGCGGGGGAUGGGUGCCCAUGGGCGGGGGCGGCCUGAGCCACGUCAUGAUCGGCAAAGUCCGGCGCCCAGAGGAGGGCGGGCGGCGGCGCCAAUACCUGAUCUGCGGGGAGCGCCUGCGCGACCAGACCACCAUCCUGGAGUGCGUGCUGAAGAAGGACCUCGUCUACAACAAGGUGAACCCCAUCUUCCACCACUGGAAAGUCGGCGACAGCAAGUUCGGCCUGACCUUCCAGAGCCCCGCUGAUGCCGCAGCCUUCGAGCGGAGUGUGCAGGCCGCCCUGGAGGAGCUCGCCGAAGGUUCUCUCUCCUCCUCCUCCUCCUCCUCCUCGUCUCAGGAUGACGCCGACGGGACGGAUGACGCAGGGUUGAUGCACACGGACAGCGAAUCCUCCUCGAACAGCCGGAAGGAAAUGCUCCCCAAACACAUCACCAUUGUGACUAGCGAGUCCUCCUCCAGCUGCUACAUCCGCUCGCCCGCCUCCGAGGAGUUUGCCUUCAGCACGGCCCAGGGGUCGACGCCAACCAGCCAGGGAGGGCAGGUGCAGACCCAGCCCCUGCAGCACGUGACCCUGCACGAUGAGGAGGAGCUGGAGAGCAUCAACCCGUGCAAGGACCUGUGGGUGAGCAAAGGAUAUGAGGACUACAGGCGGGCGGCGGUGCACAAGCGGGAAGCCGACCCCGACAAGGUCGGCAUGUGCGUGCACUUCGAGAAGGGCAGCAAGGAGCGCCACUUCCCGGCAGCGGGGGGAGGCGGCGGAGGCGGCGAGGGCCGCCUCAGAGACCCCAAGGGUUCCCCGUCCUGCCGGAUCCACACCGCCCCUUCGCCGCCCAAGCAGAAGCACGCCAAGGAGCCGGGGGCCAGCGGCGGGGCAGGCUCGGAGGAAGACGCCGUGCCCUCCCGCUGCGUCUAUUGCCGGGACGUCUUUAACCACGAGGAGAACGGGCGGGGCCAGUGCCAGGAUGCGCCGGACCCCAUCGGGCGCUGCGUCUACCAGCUCACCUGCAUGUGGUGUGCCGAGAGCAUGCUCUACCACUGCAUGUCGGACUCGGAGGGCGAGUACUCGGACCCUUGCUCCUGUGACCUGGGACACCCGCACUUCUGCGUCCGCUGGAUGGCGCUGGUGGCUCUCUCCCUCGUCGUGCCUUGCAUGUGCUGCUACCUGCCGCUCCGCGCCUGCCACUGGUGCGGGGAGCACUGCGGCUGCUGUGGUGGGAAACACAAGGCCGUGCGGUGAAGCCGGCCGGCGUGCGGCGCUCUUCUUGGCUUGGCUGGGGGGGAAGAGAGGCGAGGAGAUGGAGGCAGAGUCUUAAGCGGCGGCAGGGGGGCUGAUUUCCCCCUUCUCUUGCACGCCCCAGCCCCCGUGUCCCAUGUUUGGAGGGGGAGGAGCUAGGCGGUUUUAUUCCGAGUGUCGGGCGUGGCUGGUGAGUUUCAUUAUUUUUUUUUUUCCUUUAAAAUUUCAACAUUUUGGGUCCUUUUUUAUAAAAAAAAAAUAAAGAAAUGAAAGAAAAAGAAAACAAAUAAAAUGAAUGAACGACAGUCUCAGGAGAGAUAGGUAGAUGGUCUUGGGGGGGGGAGUUUUGCCCUCUCCCUUCCUCCUAGCUAAGGGGUGGUGGGGCCACAAAGAAAAUUUAACCCCUCCUUCACCCAAUCCAGCUGUGUCCACACACCUGUUUGUGUGUGUGUGUCGGGGGGGGGACGGGACCCAAUAGACUAUGUAACCCCCUCCUUCCUUUACCCAGCCUGGCUGAGUCACGAGGAUUUCUUUUCAAUUUUAAAAAAGGAAUACAAAGAACAACAGAAGGAAAGAAAAUAUCGUAAAUGGAUACGCGUUGGAUUUUUAUUUUGUACUCAGGAGGGAGUCCAGGGAGCAAGAGAAACUAAUUUGUGCUGAAAAUGUCCAUAUUUAAAAACCAAAAAAAACCACCCUUCCCUGCUGUAUUAUAUAGUAAACUGCAUGGGGAGAAGUUUGUUAACUUGUGGAACUGCCCGCAACAUGAUUUUUCCACCUUAGCACGGUCCGAGAUCCUGCAGCUUUAUAACUGCACAAUACUGGGGUGUCCUUUUAACAAGGACGACAGGCAGACAGGGUUCGAUUUACAGGGUACACAAGCUGCAGCAUCCCUCCAAUUUUUGUCCCCCAUGCUCACCCCCAAAUACAGUUCCCGUGGUUUAUUUCUGGGUCCCAGGCUGAACAAUGGGGCACCCCUUGAAGUGUUCGGCGGGCUACAAUUUCCAGGGAAGUUAGGGAAGGGUUUUCUGCAGCUCCCCAUGUGACACCCCCUUCCCCGGUCAUGUCUGGCACCGAUGGCAGGGCAGAGUAUACCUAGAUCAUAGCUUCUUAAGCCCAGGGUCGCGCCUGGCCUCCCGGUCAUUGGGGCAGGACGGGAAGGGGAGUCAGAUUCUGAAACUGUUAUUUACAAGCUGUUGUAACGUGGGGUCGUGGUGCUGGCCCAGGUCCAAAGCAAAUGGGAGCCGUGCGGCCACUGCUCGCUCUCUCUUUGUACUAAACCCAUUUGGGAUGUCUUAGCUUAUUACUGCCUAGAGUUCGGGGUGGAAGAAGUACUGGACUUGGGAGUCAAGACUCCUGGGUUCUCUUACCCUCUCUCCGAUUUGGGAUGAUCUAGUGGGUUAGAGCAGGGGGGCUGGAAGCCAGGACUCCUGGGUUCUAGUCCCAGUUCUGAUAGUGGGGAGGGGGGGGCAGGAUGAUCUAGUGGAUUAGAUCUGUGGGACUGGGAGUCUGGACUCCUGCAUUCUCUUCUCUGUGUUGGGUGGGAAGUGGGGUCUAGUGGUUAGAGCAAAGGACUGGGAGUCAGGACUCCUGGGUUCUGUUCCCAGCUCUGCAACUGUCUUGCUGUAUAACCUUGGGCAGGUCACUUAAUCCUGAUGUCCCUCUAGUCUCCUACCAUUCCUCCACCUCCCUGUUUGCGCUGCCUAGCAGUGAAGUAUCAUUAUCAAGCCUCCCUGAGGGACGGGACAGGAGCCCUCUUGAGACAUUUAAGACUAGGCCAUGCAAAGCCACAGGGUGUGGUCUCCAGGGGCUGACCCUGCCCCCCCCAGUGAGUGUGGAAUAGAGGGGCCGAUCUCUCCAAAUCCAGUGGGGGUGAAGCAGAGCUGCCCGAAAGUACUUUGAUCUCUGGCCCGGGGCCCCACAAGCAGCCGGAGGGGAGGGGAAAGCAAAGAAAAUCCAGGACCAGAAACCAGUAGGACCCUCGGAGUCUUACCCCAGCUGCCUGAAUCAUUCCCCCCCCUCCCCACCCCAUGCUGGCUGUUCAGGGCCCCCUGUGUAACACGAGUUUGAUGGAGCUCAGCCCACCUCCCACCGGGACGAGGCAUCAGCCUUCCCACUGGGCACAACAGGCCCCACCUGCCGCCCCUUGCUGCCAGGCGUGAAAUAAAGCCAGGGACCUCUGGCCAAGGGAAGUUCCUGGGCAGGUUUUUUUUAAAGCAGCUGCAUCCGGCUGACUCUGGGGUUGUGGGAGGGGCUUGCAACAAGCCCCACCUCUUAUUUAUUGACUUUUCUCAUUUUCCCCUAAGUCGGACAACUGAUGUAAGUCAGGAGUAUCUGGAUCAAUGGCAUUGCCCCAGUGUAAAUCCGGAGUGAUUCCAUUUAGAUCAGUGGCGCUACGGGGGUAUAAACGAGGGAUAACUCUGGAUCAGUGGUGUUACACUGGAGUAAAUCUGGAGUAACCACAGAAAGGCAGCAAAUUGAGGCUGGACUCUUUCUAAGGGAAUGGGGUGCCUGAUACAAUGAGAGCCUGGCACCUAAAUCCCUUCAGCUCCUUUGAAAAUUCCCAGCCUUAAAACCAAUACAUGGACGUAUUUCUUUUACCUACUGCACAGUGAGCCUGGGGAACUCAAUGCCACAAGUUCUCUGAGGCCAAAGUUUAACAUCCUUCCAAAAAACGACUGGAUGUUUAUACAGAUAACUACACCCAGAAUUAGAAUAUUAAAUAUCUUUACAAUAACCAAGCGUUUUGGCAGGGCUAUAAAAUCUCAUGCUAUAGGGCAUGACCCAACCUCUGACGAUCAGAGGUCAGGCAGGAACUGACCCUAGGGGCCAGCUAUGCCAUAAUUCCUGUAGGGGGCACCGCUUUCUGAAUUAGCUAUUUAUUGGCCUCUAUCGGAGACAAGAGAAUGAACUAGAAAGACGCUUGGUUUGACCUGACUGUCCAUGUGAACCCAAUAGAGUGACCCUAGUUUUACCCCAAUGUAAACAAGAUGAGGGCUUGGCCUGGCAGGAUUUGAGAGUGUUCAAUAGCACACUGGGUCCUAUUCCCAUUUCUCCAUCCGUGUUCUUUUUUUCAAAAGCUUCCCAAAAAACGAAACAAGACAAAUCGUAACUGUAUAAAACCUGGCAAAGCUGUGCGUGCCAAUGACCCCAUGAUAACCUUGGGGCCGAUACAGCAGGGAGCCUACCGAAAUACAGAAGGGUGUAUAUUACUGCUGGAACGAGAUUCUUUUAAUGCUAUUUUAUAUAUAAAAAAGUGCGGAGGGGGGCAGAGAGAGAAAAACCCAACCAAACAAAGAAAAAAAGUUAAUAUUAAAAUAAUAAUUUUUUUGUGGUUGCCAAUCUAACUUCUUUUUCCUUGUUUAAGUAUUUUAUCAGAUUUGUAUAUUCAAUAUUGUAAUUUCUGUGUAUUUAAAAAAAAUUAAAAAGGGGGGAAUGGAAUCAGAGAAGAAUGUUCUAUUUAAAAGUGUAUGUUGUAUAUUAAAUCUUAGCAAAAGUGACUCUUAAA